UCAGUUACUUUUUCCGGUCAUGGCGUAAACGAAGCUACGAGUUCUAAUGGACGGUAGUACAAAGAAUAUUUCCCAUUUUACAGGGAUAAAUGAGCGAGGUUUGAAGCUUAUGCACUAACUGUAUAUUUUCCUUGCUACCUACUUCCACUGGGAGUGUAAAACGUAUUGAAACGGCACUAUUUUCCGUGCCUGAAGACUACCAAUAUUCCUUUUGCAAAGGAGCGACUCAACUUCCCAACUCGUUUGAGCUACUACAAGCGCAUUGUUGCUGCUGAAUUUACGGGAGUUUUGGCUUUGUUUUGAGCAUUUAGUUUCUAAGAAGUUGUUCAACCUCUGGGAACGUGUAUAUAUACUAAUCGGACCGCGUUGCGUUUAGUUUAAGCAUACCUAUGGUAUUAGGCCCAUCAAGUUGUGUUCAACUGUAAUAUAAAUCCAAUUUGACAUCCAAGAUGCCAAUUCAAACACCGCAGUGGACUGAGUUUCUCACUUGUCCAAUUUGCUACCAUGAGUUUGAAGACAGACAGCGUGGGCCCAUCAGUCUGGCAUGUGGUCACACAAUCUGUAAGGCGUGUCUAUCCCAGCUCCACAAGACGCAGUGUCCAUUUGACCAGGCAACGGUCAACACAGACAUUGACAAACUACCAGUUAACACAGCACUUCUUCAGCUUGUAGUACUUGGUGCUUCAGUGAUGGACUAUCCUUUGCCAGAUAUCCCAAAUGUUCGAGAGAAUUCCAGCAAAUAUCAGGCAGCAAUGAGGAGCAUUGAAGAACUUGCUAUGUACCUAAAGCCUGUAGCCUCCAGCCAAGGGACUAGUCAAUCCAGUAAUGGUACUAACGGGUUAAGCUCUAGUACAACUCUUACCAGGCCAAUGCAGAGAAAGCUAGUGACACUUGUGAACUGCCAGUUAGCAGAGGAAGAGGGCCGAACGCGUGCUAUGAGGGCUGCACGUAGUCUGGGCGAGCGAACAGUAACUGAGUUGAUCCUACUCCAUCAAAAUCCCCAGCAGCUGUCUGCGAACCUCUGGGCUGCAGUUCGCGCACGAGGGUGCCAGUUCCUUGGCCCAGCAAUGCAGGAGGAGGCCCUGAAGCUGAUAUUACUGGCUCUAGAUGGAGGGGAUCCUCUCUCUAGAAAAGUGCUGGUGUUGUAUGUAGUGCAGAAGCUUGAGCCCGUGUACCCUCAGGCUUCAAAGACGAGCAUUGGUCACGUUGUUCAGUUGCUCUAUCGUGCAUCAUGCUUUAAGGUGACCAAGCGUGACGAUGAGUCCUCACUGAUGCAGUUAAAAGAACAGUUUCGUACAUACGAGUCACUGAGGAAAGAACAUGAUGCCCAGAUAGUUCAAAUAGCCAUGGAGGCAGGACUCAGAAUCUCCCCAGAUCAGUGGUCUUCCUUAUUGUAUGGAGACUUGGAGAAGAAAUCUCACAUGCAGUCUAUCAUCGACAAGUUGCAGUCACCAUCGUCAUUCUCUCAGAGUAUCCAGGAGUUGAUAAUCUCUCUACAGAGAUCCAGUGACCCUGGGGAUCUGAGCCGACUGAGAGUGCACUUUGAGCGGCUCUCAGAAAUAGACACUGCACCAGAUGCUGCCCCACCAUCAUGGAAAGAGCUGGAGGAUGCUAUGGAGGCAGUGCAACUUGUCGUACAAGGGCUUGUCAGCUUUUCAAAGGUGUAUGGGAGCAAGAUGAAAGGAUCUACUGACCCACCACAGCCUAACAGCAACUUCAGUAAGUUCAAGACAAGCAUGUGCCGAGACUAUCAGAAGCCUGGUGGUUGCCCCAGAGGAGCCAACUGCUCCUUCGCACACUCAGAGGGAGAGUUAGAAAAGUAUGGUGGGCGUGGUCAAAGGCGUCCUAUCAUCAAGCCUAAGGCGACAGUCGUAGCACGUGGACCAUCAGCCCCUGAUACUUAUCUUGGGGUGGAACAUGGGAGUGUUGAGACGCAGGGAACACAAGUGUCACAGAUAAACGGAGGGUCUGCACGAUCAUCACCUUGUAUUGUGAGAGCGCCAGGUGAUAUCCCUCAAGGUGGCUUCUCCCAGCCCACCUACUCACGCCCCACCCCGGACUCUGUCAAUCAGCGCAUGAAACAGAUGACCCUGUCCUUCCCGGAAGGGAACUAUUCUGCCACCCCUGGCUAUGAAAGGGUGCCAUAUGCCAAUGGCAGCGAACGCAAUGGCUACUACAAUGGCACAUACUGUGAGCAUUCACCACCCUUACCUGUCACACCUAUGGGCAGCUCUCAAUAUGUUGGAACUUUGGUUGGGCGGUGUGAUUUGAAGGCACCAUUGCCACCACAAGGUGUUAUAACCCCACGUAGCUCGCCGCUCACUGUCCAGGAAGAUCCCAUGAAUGGCUCCCGAGAGAAUGGUCUGUCCAACGGACACUCAGAUAGCCGGCGACAGCCUAUGCGGUUGUCCUAUGACUCAAGGAGAUAUGGAGGCUAUGAGGCCUACUACCCUGACCAGUAUGGGUACAGCCAGUCUGACAUCUAUUCUGCACCCUAUUCUCGAGUCGCCUACGAGCAGCCGAUGCCAAUGCAGUACAUUCCCACAUGCCGGCAGACUGUAGACCGCCUUGACUACUAUCCUCCCAGCAUUCCUUCGCUUGGAGUGCUGAAUGGUUUCCAUGGUGAACCAAUGAUGAACGGUGUGCCUGUUAAUGGGUUCUCACGGUAUCGGGAAGGGCAGUUGCAGAGGAGAAGCCCAUUUAUACAGUCAGAUGAGGUCUCAGAUUCCCCACGUUCAGACAGUGAUUACGAGGAGUUCUUACGGGACCUAAGGCCUCUCCGCAAGGACACCUCUAGUAGUGGUGUGAGUAGCGCCUCCCCCCUUAGCCACUCCCCAGCCGCCAGCCAGUCAUCCAGUUCCAGCCUGUCGCCACGACAGGACAGCCCUCUUGGAUGGCAGCACCCUCCCAGUGAGAGUGACAAGAUAUGGCAGAACUACUUCUCAGAGAAUCCUGUUAUCCGGCCCCCUCCAGGCAUACUAUCUGACCCGGCCACACAGAUCUGGCGACAAAAGCAGAAAGAGGUACGAAAGCUUUGGCAAACUGACAGAAACCAAGACCAGAUAUCCAAGGACGAAGAAUAUGCACGCAAGCUCCAAGAGGCAGAAAAUAGCGACCUGGAUCGUCACGUGACCAGCACCAUUGACGACAUGGCGAUCGUGAAGGCCCUCACAGAAGACGACAAUCCUCGGCAACACCUCGACCUGGAUGAUCUAGCCAAGGCCCGUAGAGAACAGGAGGAGAAAGACUGUCGGCUGGCGCACGAGACACAGCGUUUAGAAGGUCGUCAUGAGGCCAUACUUCGCAAGAAGCGCAUGUUUCUGGAACAGCAGGAGAGGAAGAAGCAGGAGCGCGAGGACAAGAUACUCGCUCAACAAAUCGCUUUCGAAGACGCCAAGAAAGCAGGCUUGGUAGAGUCUUCCAUCAAGCCUAUUGGUUACAAGUCAAGCGUUAUCUCUGGCCCCCCCUCCGCGACGUGUCCCUCACACGGGUUCAACGACUUCGGCGGCCUCGGUUACAUUUCCGGCUGUGGGAGCCCUUAUGGUGGCACGGACGUUAGAGACUCGGCAAAAAUGCCCUGCUCUCGUAACGGGGAUAUCUUUGUGCGGGAGUGAAGUAGGGAAUUUUUAGUAGUUUGUGUUUCUUUUAUAAUAGUUCAUGUUUAGCCGUGAUGCUGUAGCAGUUUCAGGUAAUGUUUGUGUUUUUUUUCUAAGCUUUGUGCGAGAUGAUGUGACUUGAAAGCAGCCUGCUGUUGGCACGGUGAAGUACACUAAACCUAUUGGAAAUGGGUUACUGCAAAUGGCUUCGAGGCCAAUUUAUGAUUGCUACAUUCAACUGUAUGACAGCACUGCGCUGCCUUCAAAGGUCACAUCAACUUUGCCUUUUUUUAAACGACCUUGGGUUUGAUUAGGUCUCAAGGGAGUGGUUCGCUUUGUACAUAGAUGAAUGGUGUUUCUGCGGCAAGUGCUUUAAGAAUUUGGGCCAGCAAAACCGAUUGAAUUAUUGUAAAAGUUGAGAUCUGGCCCUUGGUAAACAACAGCACAGGCUGUCGUCAUAUUUGGGGCAAAUAGAUAUGCGGAAAAAAGCUAUAAUAAUUUUUUACUUGUCUUUUCAGCAAUUUCAAAACCACUAAAAUGCACUCAAAAAGAAUUUCCAAAAAAAGCCUAACAUUUAGACUUGAUUAGCUAAAAGCCAUUCGCAAAAUCGAAUACUUUUUGGAAACGAGUAUUUUUUUUUCAUUGGGCGUGAUUUACUAAAAUUCGAGUUUUUUUAUCAGUCUGAUAAAAGUUAGUGAAUGCACCUUCGACUAGAUCGUCCCGAUAAUCGGCUUUUGUAAAUUUUAAACUAAGUCUGUGAUUUCAUAAUAGAUUAGAUCGUUUUCUGGAUCCAGUAAUUUUAAAACAUAUAGUGUGUUAAAAAACGUUCAAAAAAUCCAUUCUUAUUUUUCACAUGGAAAGUAUUCUAGUUGAGUGACAACUAAAUGUCCUCUUUGCCCCUGUAUUUUAGCAUUCCCCCAAGAACCAGCAUUUCACCCUCACUUCGGUUCUGAAAUGUCACUGACGAUCGUUGUUUAUGGUAAUAUUAUCCUGAUAUUAUCCAAUAAUGUGAAAAGUUAUUCUCGUAGAAAAUUUAGAUAUUUAACACAUGUUGUGAACCAGUACUCCCUUAAGUUGAUUCGCGUUCGUUAAGAAGACCUUUUUUUUUUUUUUGUUUCCCCUCACUACUAGUAAAGGUUUGCUCUUACUAGGUCACUUGCGAGGUCAUGAGCGUUAAGCCACGUGCAAUCAGCACCCUCAUCAGCCAUCACUGCUGGCGAAGUCUCGCCCGACUCACAAGGCAGAGGAAGUAGUCUGUCCUCAAUCAGUCAUUCGAGCGAUGCCUGCCGAUGUUGGCGCUGUUUGCACAGGGCUUAAGAUAACUUAAGAUAGUUUUCUUGAGCCGUUUUGCGCACUUGCAUGUGCGUUUGCGUCCUAGUGAGAAAUAACCUUAUAAGCAACCACGUUGAUGUUAGAGUCGUUAUCAGUAACCGUUAUGUAAUUAUGUUUUUUACCGCCCUUGAACCAAUUUGAACCAUUAAGGCUUGCAGUAGUAGCUCGAAACCACUUUUUCUUAGUACCCAUCCCAUUUGGUUAGCGGGAAUUAGGGGCCAUUAGUGAAUAAGAAGUGAUAGCAUUAGAUAUGGUGGGUUUAUAAAAUCACUCCUUCUAAGCUGAAUAAUGAUUUUUCCUAUUGUAAGUUUUGUAUUUUUUGUUACUGUUUUGGAUUUUCAUUAGAAGAAUUUUCUGCAUUUGUAAGUUUAUAUCGAAUAACCAAUCAGAGUGAAUUGUAAUGACCAAUUAGAGCUCGGAUGUUACAAGCCACUCCUGGCUCUAUUAACCAAUUAAAUUGAAGAUAAUUUGCAUCCACGUGGCUUACCUAGAAGCUUUCAUACUAGCGUCAUGCGCAUGCGCUUUGUGACUAUUAUUAUACUACUGCACGGUCUAGCAGUUUAAGAAAUUUAAUCGUUUUGUUAAGCUUGGGUCAAGGUUUUGAUUAUAAAAGGAAUCCAUAUUUUAUUUUUGUUAAAAUGAUUUGCUUGAUAGCAGCCUAGUUCCAGGCGUUCUAUCGGGUUUCAUGUGGUUGGGUUUCCUGUGGAUGGUAAGCUCGUCACUGCCCCCAGGCUACCUUACGGUUAUUCUCCGAGAACAGGAAACCCGGUAAGAACGCCUGGGACUAGGCUGGCCUGAUAGGUGUUGCCCGGCAGCGUCCUUUAGCUUUAAUGAGUUGAGUUAUGCCUUCUUGAAAAGUAGAGUGUUCAUUUUGGUAACAGGUAAUGCAAUAAAAAGGUAUGGAAAAGUA